AUGUGCUGUGAUGCAGCGAUAAUCACCAAUUCCCCACCCUGGUUGUUAGCUUCUUAUCCUGAAGGCAACUUGUUCCAAUUGACCCAGGAAGAAAUUCAGAUCUUGCUAGUGAGAGAGGAGAGAGAGAAGUUGUUUCUUCAGGGAAUCACCCUUGCAGGGACCAAAUGUUUGCUGACCCGGGACAACCUGUACACUGAGGGCAACAACACCAUGGACCUCCACACCAAAGGCCAGAGUUGGGGCAACCAGGCAGUGACAGUAGUUCAGAUCGAGUCUGUAUACCUUGUGGUGAUGGGACACCAAGGAACAGAAGGAGGGUCUCUCAACCUCAAGGCUUUCAAGAUGGCGGGUUACAUCAGAGAGGCCAUUCAUCAACUCCUGGCCCAUUUCUAA